GGGACGGGGCGGCGGUGGCCUGGGCUGCAGCCACGGCCUAUGGAGCAUCGCAUCGUGGGCCCCGGGCCGUACCGGGCCACCAGGCUGUGGAACGAGACGGUGGAGCUGUUCCGGGCCGGGAUGCCCGUGCGGAGGCACCGCUGCCGCUUCAGGCGCUACGAGCGCUGCUUCACGGCGGCCGAGGCGGUGGACUGGCUGCACGCGCUGCUGCGGACGAGCCGGAACUUCGGCCCCGAGGUGACCCGCGAGCAGACGGUGCAGCUGCUGAGGAAGUUCCUGAAGAACCACGUCAUCGAGGACGUCCAGGGGCAGUGGGGGCAGGAAGACUUCGAAGACAGCCGGCGCUUGUACAGAUUUCCUCCUUCCUCACCCCUGAAACCUUACCCGAAGAAGCUCUCAUUUCAAAAGGAUGUUAUUAAGCUUCCAGAAUGGAGCGAUCCCCCACCUGGCGCUUCACAAGAGAGCAUCCCUGUGAAGCCCAUUGUGAUGAACUCGGAGAUGUGGUUCAAGCGUCACAGCAUUGCCAUCGGAGAGGUGCCAACUUGUCGCCUCGUCCACCGCAGGCAGCUGACAGAGGCCAGCGUAGAAGAGAUUUGGAAAUCCAUGACAUUAUCACAUUUACAGAAAAUCCUUGGCCUAGAUUCCUUAGAAGAAGUUUUGGACGUCAAGCUCGUCAACUCCAAGUUCAUCAUCCACAACGUCUAUAACGUCAGCAAGCAGGGGAUCGUGGUCAUGGAUGACAAGUCAAAAGAACUUCCUCACUGGGUACUGUCAGCUAUGAAGUGUUUGGCAAAUUGGCCCAACUGUUCUGACUGGAAGCAGCCUAUGUACUUGGGAUUUGAAAAGGAUGUAUUUAAGACAAUAGCGGAUUACUACGGUCACUUAAAAGAGCCCCUGCUCACAUUUCAUCUUUUCGACGCCUUUGUCAGUGUAUUAGGUCUGCUGCAGAAGGAGGACGUGGCAAUUGAAGCCUUUCAGCUCUGCUGCCUGCUCCUGCCCCCGGAAAACAGGAGGAAGUUACAGCUGCUGAUGAGGAUGAUGGCGCGGAUCUGCCUGAACAAAGAGAUGCCACCGCUCUGCGAUGGCUUCGGCACCCGCACACUGAUGGUGCAGACGUUUUCCCGCUGCAUCCUGUGCUCUCAGGACGAAGUAGACCUCGAUGAGUUACUUGCCGCCCGGUUGGUGACGUUUCUGAUGGACAACCACCAGGAGAUCCUGAAGGUCCCUUUGGCCCUGCAGACCUCCAUAGAGGAGCGCGUGGCCCAUCUCCGGCGAGUCCAGAUCAAAUACCCAGGAGCUGACAUGGACAUCACGUUGUCUGCCCCUUCAUUCUGCCGCCAAAUCAGUCCCGAGGAAUUCGAAUACCAGAGGGCGUUUGGGUCGCAGGAGCCCCUGGCAGCCUUGCUGGAGGAGGUCAUUACAGAUGCCAGACUCUCCAACAAAGAGAAGAGGAAGAAACUUAAGCAGUUUCAGAAAUCAUAUCCUGGAGUCUACCAAGAGCGAUUUCCUACACCCGAAAGUGAGGCACUUCUGUUUCCUGAAAAGCCGAAACCCAAGCCCCAGCUGCUCUUGUGGGCCCUGAGGAGGCCCUUCCAACCCUUCCAGAGGACUCGGAGCUUUCGCAUGUGAUGCUCCCCCUGACCCCCCACCCGGGGCUCAGAGACCUCUGGCGGGGAUGGCUUUGAGUACAUGUGUGGAGGAAGGAGAGAGAAAUGCAGGGUUUUAGGAAAAGUCAGAUUCACUGACUUUUAAAUGUUGAGCCAUUGUCAGUAUUUUUUUUUUUUUUUUAUAAAACUCAAUGCUGUUUUCUAAGUUGUGAAAAAUUACAGGUUAAAUAGAUAGUGGUAAUGUCACCGAGUUUGGAAUUGUUACAAAAUAAUGGUAAGGUUUUUUUUUUUUUUUAAAUCUGUGUACGUGUUGUUUUCUGUGGUGUUUGUAAAAUAAUUGUGUGUACUACCCUAGCUACUGAUGGCUUGCUAAGGCCAUCUUAAGAGCAGUGUGUGAAUAAGGACGACCCUGGCCCUGUGACUGUGAUGUCAUUGACACUUGUCAAUCUGGUUUCUCCUGUGUACCUUCCAGUGUUUGGUGUUGUGCAGAGCUUCUUCCCGCACAGGUCUGUCGCGUGCUGCUCACCCACAGGUGGAAUCCAUUCUCAUCCGCCUGCAGCGGGGUCAUUUGAAUCUUAAAGACAGAUGAUCAAGCUGGAUAAGUUCUUUGGGACCUCUAAGACCUGUAAUCCUCGGUUACAUCUGUGGGUUUUUUUUUUUUU